AUGCCUAUAGAACGAAAAAAUCAAAUAGAUGAAAUAGUGGUUCAUCUGACCACUAAUUCAUCGUACAAAAAGAAUGAAACAGAUAAAUCUUCGACUCUGCCCCAACGGGUGUAUAAAAGCAAUGAACUCUCAAGGUGCACUGACGACAAUCUUCCACCAAUUGUACCUACUCCUCCUUUGAAAUCGACAGAAACCACUGAUUCGAAUGCCACUCCGUAUGGGACCUCUAAACCAAAAUUACCACCCAUACCAAGUCGUUCAUCGAGUUCCUUGUCAGAUAAUAAACUAUUAUCAACCGACCAUUCAAUUUCUUUCCCUAAACGUCCUAUUUCAGGUCAUUGUGGCCUCAAAAAUAUUGGCAAUACAUGCUAUAUGAAUAGUGCUAUUCAAUGUUUGAAUAGUAUACCAGAUCUAAUCAAAUGGAUCAUGGAACAGCAGUGUUUGUCAUCUCAUAUGAAUAUACGUGAAGUUUUUAUUUCUUUGAUACAAUCAAUGCAGUCCGGUCGUUAUAAAUGUGUCACUCCUCAUGAAUUAAAGCAGCAUAUCGGCCGUACAUCGAGCAUAUUUUCUGACAAUGGUCAAAAGGAUUCACACGAAUUUAUGAAUUCUCUUAUUAAUGCUAUUGAAGUAGUUGAUUCAUCUUCAACAUUUGUCAAACUCUUUCAAAUUCAUACUAGAUCACUGGCAACUUGCAAUAAUUGUAAACAGACUGAUACUACCGAUGAAACAACAACAUUUCUUCCACUUGCAAUUCCUGAAAGAAUGCCCUAUGACGAUGGCAACAUUUUACUCGAAGAUUUAAUUCGAGACUUUUGUCAAGAAAAUGAAUUAGAUGGAGAGUAUUAUUGUUACAGAUGCAAAACUUGUCAAUCGGCACGACAAAAAACUACAAUCAUUCAACCGUUACCUCGUGCUCUUAUCAUACAAUUGAAACGAUUUCCUUACGACGGUACUAGCAGAAAACUUAAUACAUUAGUUAAAUACAAACUAGAACAUCGAAAUUUAUUAUCCAAAAAUGAUAGAUAUGAAUUAUGUGCUAUAUCUAUGCAUAGUGGAAGUCUUGCCGGUGGACACUACACAACAAUCGGAAAAAAUGAUAAAACAAAAAAAUGGCAUCGAUUCGAUGAUAACUACGUCGAGAAUGUUGAAUCGAAAAUGCUACUUGUUCCAUUUAUUGCAACACAAGCAUAUAUACUUAUUUACGCAUUAAAACAUAAUGACGAAGAAAUCAACGAUAGUUUUUCGUAG